UCCGCACUCAGCUCCCAAGAACAACGCAAGCUGGCCGUCUGGGCGGGGCAGCAGCGGCAGCGCGUCUGGGGCGCCCCCUUUCGGGAGCGCGGGGUGUGGCCGGCGGCCCCUGUCCGUGGUGCUGCCCGGCGCUCCGCGGCGCGUGGCUGCGUCCUCGCACUCCCGCCCGUGUGGCCACUCACGGUGUCUUUCCUGACACUGGCAUGCAGAAGUGUCACCUCACUGUCCUAUCGAGCUGCGCAGAAAGGUGACACAAAACCGCUUCCUGCGCAAAUAGACGGUUCUUCCAGAGCCGGCGAGGCCGGCGCGGGGGUCCUGGGAGAGGGGUCUCAGACCACAGGAAAGAACUCUCUUCUUCCGACUGGCCACGCCCCUUGCCUCUGGCAGCACGCCUGCGCAGUGUCUUUUAUGCGGCUCAAGCCCCGCCUCCUUCUAGAGCAAUCAUUGGCCUCGGGGACCGGGUUUGGGCACAAGAUGGCCGCCAAGCGCCGAGAGCCCCCGAGUCCGAGAUCCCCGACCCCGGAGUUGCGAUCCCCGGAGCUGCCGGACCUGGUCCUGGUGCCGGAAGACGGCCGCCCCACCACCCCCCCGAGUGACCUCAUCGAGAUCCAGGUGGUGAAGGUCGCAGACACCACGCUAGUUCCUGAGCCCCCAGAGCCGGGGGUCUCCUUCCACUGUGCCUUGUGCCCGGCCGCUUUCCGGCUGGUGUCGGAACUGCUGUUCCACGAACACGGCCAUCUGGCGGGCGCGGCCGGCGGCGGGCGUGGCGGAGACCCCAGCCGGUGUCACGUGUGCGGCCACAGCUGCGCGGGGCCCGCCAGCCUGCGCGCGCACUACAGCCUGCACACCGGGGAGCGGCCCCACCGCUGCGCGCGCUGCCCGCGUGCCUUCAAAGCCUUGGCGCCCCUGCUGCGGCACCAGCACCGCCAUGGCGCGGAGCCCGGGCCAUCGCGCGCCCCCCCCACAGGUGCCGGGGAGCGGGGCUCUGGGGCACCCCCGGAGAGGGCCGAGGUGGUGCUGGCCGCGGCGGCGACGGGCGCGGCGAUGGGCAAACCCUUUGCCUGCAGGUUUUGCGCCAAGCCUUUCCGCCGCUCUUCCGACAUGCGGGACCACGAGCGGGUGCACACGGGCGAGCGGCCCUACCACUGCGGCGUGUGCGGCAAGGGCUUCACGCAGUCCUCGGUGCUCAGCGGCCACGCGCGAAUCCACACGGGCGAGCGCCCUUUCCGUUGCGCGCUCUGUGACCGCACCUUCAACAACUCCUCCAACUUCCGCAAGCACCAGCGCACGCACUUCCACGGGCCCGGGCCCGGGCUGGGGACCCCAGCGUUGGUGGCCGGCGGAGCAGGAAGCGCGAGCCCGGCGAGCCACCCGCCAAAAGAGGGGUGCGGGGACGAGGUGGGGGACGAGGUGAAGGCCGAGGUUGACCAGUAGGUUAAUACAGCCAACCGAGGGAGUUAACUCGAGAUGUCACAAGGGAGGGGUGCUGGAAACGGAGGCGACAGCUAAGAAGGGAGACCAGGAGCAGCCUUCCUACACGGCAGAUACAAGGACUCCCAGAAGCCCACGCUUGCCUGGGGGAGCCCCAGAGAAAGAAAAGCAGCCCUGUGCUGCCCAGCUACAUUCAAGGACCACGGGAAAUUCAUUGCCCCCUUCGCAUCCCUGUUUAGUUUGUGUGAGAGACACAGCGAGUCACAACAGUUUGGUGGUCACAGAGGGAGAGGACCACGGCCCACACUCCUGGCCCAGUCCAUCUGCAGAGCCCUAGACUGUCUGGGGGUCCCCAGGUGAACCAGGAUGGAAUCUUUUGCCUACCUCACUGAUUGCACUGGAACCGGGACUACUACUGCUCACCCCAAGGCAGAAGAGGCCCAGCAGGUGGCCUGUAAAAACUAGGAUCCCAUCAUUCAAAGCCAGAGGGUCCCUAAGUCUCACAGCUGGAAGCACUCGAGGAUGCCUGACCUUAGGAUCCAUGCUUCCCCCACCCCCAAAGUGGUCUCUCUUUAACCCAUCCAGGACCAUGUUCAGACACCACUAAGCUCGCCCAGCAAGAAACCAUUCCCUCCCUUCCCUAAGCAGCCUGUAGUUCCUCCACUUGGAAUUGAAGCAGGCAGCUACUGCCAGGCCUCGGCAAUCCUGAAGAAGGGAGAGUUCCUGGGUGGAGACAGGAGGAGGACUGGGGAGCUGAAGGUGGGGAGCCCCCUGUCUUCAGUUCCUAUUAAAGGACUGACUGAA